GGGUCCUCUCUCGCAGCUGGUUGUGAGCGGGAGGCCCGAGCGCGAGGAGCGGCAGCCCGGCGAGGUUCCGGCGACCGAGGCGCUACGCUAUGGAGGAGCUGGAUGUGGAGCCUGCGGUCACUUGGAUUCCAGGUGUGAAUUCCAAGAAGAAGCAACUGUGUUUCGACUGGGGUCCUGGAGAGAUGCUGGUGUGUGAAACUGCCUUCAACAUAAGAGAAAAAUCAGAGAACGUGCCAAGCUGUCCCUUUAUCUAUAUCAUCCGGAAAGAUGUAGAUGUUUACUCUCAGAUUUUGAGAAAACUCUUCAAUGAAUCCCAUGGAAUCUUUGUUGGCCUUCAGAGAAGUGAAGAAGAAUUGUCUGGAAAAUCUAGAAAAGCUCAAUUGGUUCGAGUGAGUAAAAACUACCGGUCAGUUAUAAGAGCAUGUAUGGAGGAAAUGCAUCAAGUUGCAAUUGCUGCUAAAGAUCCAGCCAGUGGCCGCCAGUUUAGCAGCCAGGUCUCUAUCUUGUCAGCCAUGGAACUCAUUUGGAACCUGUGUGAGAUUCUUUUUAUUGAGGUAGCCCCAGCUGGCCCUCUUCUUCUUCACCUUCUCGACUGGGUCCGACUCCACGUGUGUGAAGUGGACAGCUUGUCAGCAGAUGUUCUGGGCAGUGAUAAUCCAAGCAAACAUGAGAGCUUCUGGAACUUGGUGACUGUCCUGGUUCUUCAGGGCCGGUUGGAUGAGGCCCGACAAAUGCUGUCCAAAGAAGCUGAUGCAAACCCCCCUUCUGCAGGCAUGUGCCGGAUCUUGGGGGACCUGAUGAGAACAAUGCCUAUUCUCAGUCCUGGCAACACUCAGACCCUGACAGAGCUGGAGCUGAAGUGGCAGCACUGGCAUGAGGAAUGUGAGCGGCACCUGCAGGACAGCACCUUCGCCGCCAGCCCCCGCCUGGAGACUCUCUGCAAGAUCAUGCUUGGGGAUGAGGCUGCCUUGUUGGAGCAGAAGGAACUGCUGAGUAACUGGUACCACUUCCUAGUCACUCGGCUGCUGUACUCUCACCCGACAGUGAAACCCAUUGAUCUACACUUCUAUGCCCAGUCCAGCCUAGACAUGUUUCUGGGAGGUGAGAGCAGCCCAGAGCCCCUGGACAACAUCUUGAUGGCGGCCUUUGAGUUUGACAUACACCAAGUGAUCAAGGAGUGCAGCAUUGCCCUUAGCAACUGGUGGUUUGUAGCUCACCUCACAGACCUUUUGGAUCACUGCAGGCUCCUCCAGUCACACAACCUCUAUUUUGGUUCCAACAUGAGAGAAUUCCUCAUUCUGGAAUAUGCAUCAGGAUUGUUUGCUCAUCACAGCCUAUGGCAGCUGGCAGUGGAUUACUUUGACUACUGCCCAGAGCUGGGCCGAGUUUCCUUGGAGCUGCACAUUGAACGGAUUCCUCUCAACACAGAACAGAAAGCCUUGAAGGUGCUACGGAUUUGUGAGCAGCGGCAGAUGACUGAGCAAGUGCGCAGCAUCUGUAAGAUACUAGCUAUGAAGGCCGUCCGUAAUAAUCGCCUGGGCUCUGCCCUGUCUUGGAGCAUCCGUGCCAAAGAUGCUGCCUUUGCCACACUGGUGUCCGACAGAUUCCUCAGGGAUUACUGUGAGCGAGGCUGUUUUUCUGACUUGGAUCUCAUUGACAACCUGGGGCCAGCCAUGAUGCUCAGUGACCGACUGACAUUCUUGGGAAAGUACCGUGAGUUUCACCGACUGUACGGGGAGAAACGCUUUGGAGAUGCUGCUUCUCUUUUGCUAUCUCUGAUGACGUCUCAGAUUGCACCCCGCUCUUUCUGGAUGACUUUGCUCACAGAUGCCCUUCCUCUUUUGGAACAGAAACAGGUGAUUUUUUCAGCAGAGCAGACGUAUAAGCUGAUGCGCUGUUUGGAGGACUUGACCUCGCGGACACUGGAGUGUGGAGAGCAUGAUGCCCCGCCAGUCCAGGAUGAUGACAUAGAGACCACCAAGGUGGAAAUGUUGAGACUGGCUCUUGCACGAAAUCUUGCUCGGGCAAUUAUAAGAGAAGGUUCAUUGGAAGGUUCCUGAGAUUAGCUGUGAGCUUUGUAUGGCAAUGUAAAUAAAUUUUUUAAAGUGUAA